AUGUCUUCGCAACUUCUCAAACAACAACUCUUGAAAAAGUUAAAAGCCAAGGCUACUGCUGCUACUUCUUCACGUGAAGAAGAAGAAGAGGAUCAUGUUCCAGCAACAACAGAAUUAUCCAACAAGAAGCAGACUAACACAACCACUUCGGAACAGGCCUCUUCCGUUAAAAAGAGAAAAUUAGAAAAGAAUAAAACCCGUGAUGAUGAGGCUGUUUCCAAAACAACAAGUAACAACAGCAAUAAUAAUAAUGGAGCAACCCUGAAAUCAGACUCAUUAGAAACCUCCUCUUCUACCAUACAAGAAGAUUACUAUUCCGAGUACGGAUAUUCUCUCAAAGACACUUCCGUAGCUCAUCAUCAAGAGAAUGACCAAGUAGUAUCUACGACUAGUUCCUUCCUAACGAACAUUUCCAUCUCUAAACUCAAACUUUGUGAGCCUUUACAACAAGCCUUUGAUCAUGGCGAAGAAUCGGGAUUAUCCUUUCAAUAUCUAACUCCUAUCCAGGCUCGUUCUAUUCCUAUUGCAUUGGCUGGAAAGGAUUUACUGGCACAAGCCAAAACUGGAAGUGGAAAAACAUUAGCCUUCCUAUUGCCAUGCUUGGAAUUGUUAUAUCGAGCUGAGUUUAAACCUAGAAAUGGAACGGGAGUGAUUGUAUUGAGUCCAACGAGAGAAUUGGCAAUACAGACCUAUGCAGUUUGUAAGUCCUUAAUGACCUUUAUGAAACAAACUCAUGCCUUGUUGAUUGGUGGACAAUCAAAACAUCAAGAGGCUGAAAAGUUGGUCAAGGGCGCAAAUAUUGUGAUUGCCACUCCGGGUCGAUUGUUGGAUCAUUUACUUCAUACGAAGGGUUUUCUAGUCACGAAUUUGAUUACCUUGGUGUUGGAUGAAGCAGAUCGAAUGUUGGAUGAUGGUUUUGAGGAUGAAUUGAAAGCCAUUGUCAAGUUAUUACCAUCGAAGGGAAGACAAACAUUGUUGUUCAGCGCAACACAAACAACAAAGGUUGCCGAUAUUGCUCGAGUGAGUAUUAAGAGAGAUCCUGUUUUUGUUGGAAUUGAGGACUUGAAUUCUGCAAGUGUUGCUAGUCCUGAAGAAGGAGUGGAUAAGGAAGAAUAUUCGACAGCACAAAAUUUGGAACAAGGUUAUGUGGUGGUUCCAGCAGCUGAAAAAUUCGUCUUGUUAUACUCAUUUCUCAAAAAGACAAUGGCCACAGCUAGUGCAGGAAAGAAGGGAAAGAAAAUUAUUGUCUUUAUGAGUAGUUGUGCUGCUGUGAAAUACUUUUCAGAAUUAUUGAACUAUAUUAACGUCACUGUGACAGCUCUUCAUGGAAAAAUGAAGCAAAACAAGCGAACACAGGCCUUUUUCAAUUUUUGCAAUGCAGAGAGUGGAAUUUUAUUGAGUACUGACGUUGCAGCAAGAGGAUUGGACAUUCCAAAAGUAGAUUGGAUUAUUCAAUACGAUCCACCUGAAGCACCAAAGGAAUACAUUCAUCGUGUGGGUCGUACGGCAAGAGCAGGCAAUGUAGGUCGUGCCCUUUUGCUCUUAUUACCCUCUGAAACAGGUUUCUUAAAGUAUUUGAGUGAGGCAAACAUUCCACUCAAUGAAUUAGAUUUCCCACGUUCUAAAAUGUCAAAUAUUCAAGAUCAACUCGAAAAGAUUAUUUCCUCCAAUUAUUAUUUAUUCAAGAAUGCAGAAGAAGCAUUCAAAGGUUUCAUCAAAUCGUAUGCCUCACAUCCAUUGAAAGACAUUUUCUCAUUCCAAUUAUUGGAUGUAGCUGGAGUGACCAAGUCUUUUGGACUCAAGAAUACUCCAUACGUGGAUUUGAAACAAUUAGAAGUUGGAGCUGCUUCAGCCAUUGAACAAAAGAAGAAAUCAGAGACGAAAUGGAUCAAGGGUGCUGUUCAACAAAAGAAGAAGGAAGAGAAGAAGAAGAAGAAGAGAAAAUUAGAAGAAGAAGAAUAA